AUGGACAGACCGCCCCUGUUCAUUGGAGAUAACGUGAAUGCGCAUGAGCUCACAUGUGCUUCGCCUUCGCGGUUGUGAAGUGACAAAGAUCUCCAAAAUCCAGAACAUGUGCAACUUUGUUAAAUUGUUUCAGAAAAUAUAAAAAUUAUGAGACACACAAAUCACGAGACGCAUUAGAAAAAUCCUCCAAAUUAUUCAUUGAAGAAAGCAGAGAGAUGACCUGAAGAAAGGCAAAAACUAUUUUGGGAAUUUGGGGCUCAUAUGGAAGAAAGAACGAAUCAACUGUACUCUCUGGUAUUUGAUUGUCUAAUUGUACAUACGUCUCACCAUUAAAUGGCCUUGUAAGCUUGUAUUUACUCUCUACCCGACCCAUUGUCCCCUCUUGUCUUCCACUUUGGACUGAAUCACUCAUUCAAGCUACAAUCUUUGUCUUUGCCUUAAACACCACCAAUUUCGGCGCUGAAAGCUCCAAUCUUUUAACUUGAUUUCGACAAUGUCUCUCUAGUUCCCGAAUCUUUCAUAUUGAAACCGAAAUGGGUUGCUGUGGGAGCACCGACAGAGCUUCUUCAUCUUCUCAAAAGCACCAGUCAAGCUAUGAGUCCGCACAUGAAAGCAGAGCACCACCGCCUUCCGCUGAAGAAGAAACUGUCAAAGAAGUUCUUUCUGUAACUCCUGAACCCAAACCAAUACCACCAACAAGAGCAACAAGCAUAGCCAAUAAUACAAAAGAAGAGGAAUGCAAGAAAAAUUGGGUAGAACCAAUAUUGGCAGACAAUGUCAAGGAAAGCAAUGGCUUCAAGGUUGAGCAGGGCUUGCAAGAGGAGGUUUCUGAAGUUUCAGAGAUCUGCAGCUUGAGCUUGAGUGAGAGUGUAUCCACUGCAAUUACUGAUAAGAGAGAUGAUGAGGAUGAGGUGAGGCAGAGAGUGGCUAGAUCUCCGGCCAAAUCGGCAUCCAGAAACGGGUAUUCCGGCGAUUCAGGACCAAAGAGAGAGCGGGUUGUGGGAAGGUCACCAACCCGAAGAUCCGAACACUCACCCGCCAAAAGAAACGGUGCCAUCGGUGGUGGGUCAGUGAGGAUGGUUCACAGUAGGGAAGUGGGUCAGUUCACAAGAGGCGGUUCAAGGCCCGAUCUAAGUAGGAGGGAUCCGGGUGAGAGCUCUGGGAGGAGGACAGGAUUGAGUGCUGCCAAUAGAUCCACACCGGGUCGGAGCCCGUCUACAAGAAAGACGAAUCAGUCACCGGGUCGGGCGAGAUUGGAUCCUACCGGGAAUGGCGGAAGAAAGGUGGAGGAACAGAGUGUCGAUGGUAAUAAGCGGCCGAGUAGCACUGCUGCUACAACAAAUGAAUCGCUUGAAAACCCACUCGUGUCCAUGGAAUGUUUCAUCUUUCUCUAGGGAGUUAGAGACACAAGACAACAUUCCCGGGGACAUUCUCACCGGAGUUAGAUUUCCAGACAACGGAAUUCUGCUUAGAUUCUCUUUUGUACUAAUUUCCUUUCUUUCUUUUUUUUAAAUUGUGAAUAAUAUUAAGACAAAGGGUCAAUCAGAGGAUUUGGCACUGUCAGGGGCAUGAGAUUUUGGAUAUUUGGAUACGUAAUCGGUAAUCCCAUUAAUCGACACCUUUUGCUUUUAA